GCUACGUUGCUCAACCUGCUGUUGAGAAAUUAUUUUCAUUAUAAUCUUUUUGACCAAGCUGAUAAGCUUGUCAGUAAAGCAACGUUUCCCGAAUCUGCAGGAAAUAACCAACAGGCUCGUUACAUGUAUUAUUUGGGCCGCAUUAAGGCAAUUCAGCUCGAUUAUACGGCUUCACAUACUCAUUUGAACCAAGCUAUUCGCAAAGCACCUCAGAAUACGGUUACAGCUGGGUUUCAACAGGCUGUCUAUAAAUUGUCUAUUAUUGUUCACCUUCUCAUGGGUGAGAUUCCCGAGAGAUCCAUAUUUAGACAGCCGGUUCUAAAAAAACCAUUAGUUCCUUAUUUACACAUUGUUCAAGCUGUACGUAUUGGUGAUUUAUCGAAUUUCCAAGAAGAGAUAGCUAAAUAUGGGGAUGUCUUUCGUAAAGAUAAGAAUUUUACUUUGAUAUUAAGACUCCGACAUAAUGUAAUUAAAACAGGUAUUAGGAUGAUAAGUUUAUCCUAUUCCCGUAUAUCUUUACGUGAUAUUUGUUUAAAGUUACAUCUUGAUAGUGAAAAGGAUGCCGAAUAUAUUGUCUCUAAGGCUAUUCGAGACGGUGUUAUUGACGCAAUUAUAGAUCAUGAGAAAGGAUUCAUGAAAUCCAAGGAAAAUGUUGAUCUUUAUUCAACCAAUGAACCCCAAAAUGCUUUUAAUGCUCGUAUUACAUUUUGUUUAAAUCUUCAUAAUGAAUCAGUAAAAGCCAUGAGGUUUCCACUUAAUGCUCAUCGUAAAGAAUUAGCUUCUGCUGAAGCACUUC